AUGGCCAUGGACGACGUGCACUCGGCAGCUCAUGCGAGCCUGACGAAAUCUCCAGAGCCAGAAAUACACAAACGACGACGAUUACCCAUACAAGACGACUCUACCAUCGAGGAUGCUUACAGAACUUCCCACCGCGGCCCGCCAGACUCUUUUACGACGACCACAACGCGUCCUCCACCAAGUUCGACUACAGGAGCAACCCCUCCUCCCGAUUCGUUAAGAAAGGACACGCUUUUGACCAUGGACGAGGACAAAGCCCCGGCGCGUGGGCCGUCAGCGAUGUCCAUGCCAAUUCCUAGAACACCUCCACGCUCCAGCCACCUCUCGCUUCACGCUACCAUAUCUGUUGCAAAGUCCCCAUCCCGCACUCAGUCCCUCCCUACUGUCUCACCAGAAAGACCAGCGCUUGCGGAUGCGGCUGAAGAAGCCGGCGGUUCACUCCACCGUGUUAGUUCUGCCAUGGCAAAGCGUUCUGCUGGGCCGUCAUCGGGUCGAAAACCUCAACCGGUCUCACUGUCUAGUCCCAAGAAGCCGUCCCCGAUCAAGACGCGGAAGAAUACCAUAGAGGAGAACGAUGCAGACGACGAGGGUCCUAGUCAAGCAUCCACAAAUCCCAUAAGCGCGACACAGUCGAUGCCAGAACUCGGAGAGUCUCCUCAGCAUAGGAUAUCUCCCAUUACGCUCCUGCCCAAAGUCCUCCGUCACCAAAAGCCAACUCCACCGCAGCCCAUCAACCACGAAUCAUCUACCCGUGGAGGUGACGACACACAGUCCUCUGCUUCUUCGCGCGAGUUUCGUACCUUGUCGCGGUAUAUGCGAGACGACGAAAACAAGGUUUCUCGUCCUCUCACACAGUUUAUAGUCGGAGAGAAUCCGCCUGGCAUAUUCAUUCAAUCGCAAACGCAAACGCAGACGCAGACGCAGUCACAGGUUGACCCCAGUCACGAGGCGGGCGAAAGCCUAUCUCAUGUUCCCAGGACGCUCGUCAGGGGUACGCCCUCUGAGACGUCGGAGACGUCGCAGCAUGAGCGUGAUUGGCGAGCGAUCGAGCAUGAAGAACUUGUCCCGACGCAGAUCCUUGAGUCCACCCAAGAGCUCUUGCCGACGCAGGAUGCUACAGAGUUUGUCGAAACAGCUCUGGUAGACACGCAGGAUGGGGCGCCCAUGUACGAAGCGUCGCCUAGCAAACCGAUCAAGACACUCAACAUUUCCCCGGUCAAGAAGCGAGGAGGAUACUUUUCGUCGUCAUCUGCACAGAGUAUUCCUGGACUCUAUCUACCUGGAGAUGGCAAGAGUUCCGAGUCGCAGCAGUCGCAGCUCUCCGAGAAGAGUAUCAAUCAGCCCGCAGCGCCUCUUGCGAUGCCUAGGGUGCUUGCUGUCACUGCAUCAGGGACAACCACAGGGACUCCUUCGUUGCAAAAGGAAGGGCCAGCUUCGACUUUGCGCCGUAAUCCUAUCAAGUCUUCGCGUCCAGGAGGUUACAGAGCGACGUCUGGUUCACAGAACGACAAUCUUCCCCAAAAUCCAAAGUCAUCCGUCAAUCAUCCAGUCUCCUCUGCCGCGAACGGCCACGUACCCAAGCGGAACCCAUUGGCCAGACGAAAGACGCCUGUCGAUCUGAGUCAGUUGCUACAGGGUUUGGAGCAGCGGGAGCGCGUAGUUGUACCAUCCAGUGACCCUUUCAUGCCUAUAGAGGCGGACCAGUCGUCUUUACCCGAGGAGACGAUGCCGGUGAGCUUCCCUGUGGGUGAACAGGAAGCCAUCGACGAGCCUCAAAUCGAACAAGAGGAUGAAAUACUGGCUGAACGUGAUUCAUCAGAGCCGGCAAAAUCUGAGAUUAUGGAGACGGAUGAUGAGCCUCAAGCUAGGCACGCUCUUGAUACUCCCAGGCCGCUGCCUAAACAUCAAGAGCACACUGUUGCUGUCCAAGACCCAGCACAAUACAGGUCUGAUACCGACACGGAGGAGCUUCCGCCUCGCUCGAUAUCAACAACGAAAACGCCCGUAUCGAAACAGUCGUCCAAGACUAUCUCUUCUAGCCCUUCCAAAGGCUCUUCAAAGGUGACUGCGAAGCAGGGCUCUCCAAUAAAAAGACCCCACGGAGAGUCUGUCGUUGAGAGGGAGCUUAGUGAUCAGACGAGCAGCCCCGACGACGAUGAAUCUGAUUAUGUCCCUCAAACUCAAACUCAGAAGGACGAUCUGGAAGGCGAGGCGGUGGAAUCCUAUCCAGGCGAGGAUGCAUGGGAUGAGUCACAAUCUCCUCGACGUCCGGGAAAACGAUCUGCGAACGAGCAAGGUGGUCGUAAAGGCAAGCGAAUCUGCCGACGGACGGCCAGUCCCAAAGUCGGCGUUGACGACGUCGAAGGGGAAGAAACGCCAAAAGGAAAGCAGGAGCAGGCACCACCAAAGCCUGCGAAACCGCGACUCGAUUUAGGCGCGAUGAUGAUGCCUCCACCAGGUCGACGUGCGACUCGUGCUAUGGCCAACACGCGUACUCGUGGUAUUUCUCUCAAUACUCCCAUCGUCCAUAGCGGACACCUGGUCAUGGCACACUUUCCGGAGAGCAAGCGUUUCUUUCCUGGAUAUGCAGUUGCCCGUACGGGUGUAAAAUGGCAGGUUAAUCCUUGUGAUGAUUCCCCAUCCGUCUUUGUGGAGCCCGGCUCUAUGCGUCGCUGUGUGUUCCGAGAAGGAGACAUUGUCACCAUGACGCCAGAUGGCAAUGGAGAAAACUAUGGUGAUGCCAUUGUCAUCCUAGUGGACUCCAAAUGGGAUGAGGAGCUGGUGGUGAAGCUGCGCAUUGGUGCGGAUGACGAUGUCGAGGAAAGAUAUGUUCAUGUCAGGCACAUUUCGGUCCAAGAUCAGCACAUUACAAAGCAAUGGGACACACGCAAGGUUUCGCAUCGGGACCUAGAGACAGAGGAACCGGUCGCCGAGUCUCCUGUGCCCAUGUCCGCAAUUGGAAGAACGGGAUCAUUGAUCAUUACUCCUCCCCUGAAGGCAACUGCUCCAAGCAGUUUCCGUGGGCAGCCUGGAAUCUCUGGGAAGAUGUUUGCUGGCGUCGGGUUCAUCAUCAGCAGUUUCGACCGCGACACAAAGUUUUUAACCGACAAUGGUGGAAUCAUUUUCCCCUCGUGGUUAGACGCCUUUCGCUUUGAUGGCGUGAUCGAAAAGGUCAAAGGUGGCCCGACGCGGGCAAAACGAUGGACUCGCGGGAUGUCGACGGGCCGUGGUCGUAACAAGAUGUCCCCAUCUGCACCCGUGACGUGGAUUGGUGGCGAUUUUGACGUGACGGUACGGACGAUGUUUGUCAUCGCUGGGAAGUGCGCUAUGACGCCAAAGUACCUUAUGGCACUUGCGUUGGGUAUACCUAUCGUUUCACCCAAAUGGCUUGAUGAAUGCAAGGAAACGGACAUAGAGCUCUCGUGUCAACUGGCUUCUUAUCUCCUCCCGGCUCACCCACAAAACAGUCCGCUCAGCAUCGUGUCGAGCUUGCCUUACCAAACACCAGAUCCACUCUGGGGGUCACCUAUGUAUGAUGCCAGUAUCCUUCAGAACCUUCUCGCGCAUGGACCUUUGCAUCAUCGGCGUAUUCUGGCGGACAAGCCGAGCGUUUUAUUCGUCGCUGCGGACUGUAUUACCAAGAUCGAGGCGGAUUUGGACGCCAUCAAGAAAGAUGCGUAUGAACGCCCGAAGGAUCCGUCCUGCGAAUUUCCCUUUGUCUAUUGUUGUCUGGCCAUGGGCGCCCAGCAAAUUGAGGCAGUGGAAAAGUAUGAUCACGCAACUGAUCCGACGCUACUCAAGUAUAAUGUCGUUGUCCUGGCUGACGAGCUACAUGGGCCCAAAGCAAAGGAGAAUAUCCUGCUGGCCAGCCUGCCGAAGACGCUCGUCGAAGCGGCGAAGAGCGGUGUUCAAGUUCUCAAUCAGACCGACUUUAAGAUGAGCCUUGCCUGCGGCAAGCUGCUUACCGUCUCUCAUCGUCCAAACCAUCACGUUUCGGCCACUAUCUAG